AUGGCGACCUAUGGAUUGAUCCAUGACGAGGAAGAAGCGGUGCUGCGGUGUAAUCCUACAAACGCAGAGCUGCAGUCUGAUGCGGACAGGUCUCGGAGGGUGAAGCUGUUCGGAGCAGCUUCUGCUGCCGUUCUCCUCUCCGUUGCUGUUCUUCUGGUUGCUCUUCGUUCAGAAACUUCCAAAGAAGUCGUCAUGCCGCAAUAUCAGUGCGCCCCUGGCACUCUAGCCAACGUCCCGAGCAUGUCGACUCAACCAGAUGACCGCCAAGAUGCAGCCAUCACUCCCGACUGGACAGACGUGAUGACGGCUCUAACGAGGGAGGUAUCUGAGGAUACAGCAGAGAUAGCGGGACUUAAGGCCACGGUCAUGCGUCUGCAGAACUGGAAGAGGAACGCUGAGCCUCGCAUCCGCUACCUCACCCACGUCCAGCGUUGGAUGCGCCAUCAGUAUGCUGACCACUUCUACGCGCACACCCCCCCGUGUGCUGAUGUUUCCACCGCAUUGUGA